CCCGCGCCCACCCACCAACCCCCCGCACUCCCGCGGACACCCGUUCAAUUUCCGCGUAUCGAAAGAACUGCACGAAGCAACGUUCGAUCUGAGACGACAGCGCACUAACGAGCCUCAUCGGACAGCAUCACGGUAGCGCAAUGUCAGAGAAGGCGAGCAUCGAGAAGGUCCCAUCGGAGUCCGCGGUGGAGGAGAAUUCGGUCAAGUCACGCAAGGAGCUGGCGUACGGUGGGGACGACCGCCUGCCGCCGCCCCCGACGCUGAGUGCCGAGGAGGAGAAGAGGCUGUGGAGGAAGAUCGACAUGCGGCUUAUGCCCAUCCUGACGUUGAUGUAUCUGUGCUCGUUCCUGGACCGAGGGAAUAUUGGAAACGCGAAGCUGCAGGGGCUCACGACGCAGCUGGACUUGACGGGUAACAAGUACAAUAUCGCGCUGACGAUGUACUUUGUUCCAUACUGCCUCUUCGAAUGUCCAGCCAACCUCGUCCUCAAGAAGUUCCGCCCGUCGAAAUGGCUGCCCGGUAUCACGCUCGUCUGGGGCAUGAUCAUGACGCUCAUGGGCCUCGUGAAAAACUACCCCCAGCUCGUCGGCACGCGCAUCUGCCUCGGCGUCGCCGAAGCCGGGCUCUUCCCCGGGGUCGUCUACUACCUGUCGCUCUGGUACCCGCGCCACAUGCUGCAGUACCGCGUCGGCGUGUUCUUCGGGGGCGCGACGCUCGCGGGCGCGUUCUCGGGCCUGCUCGCGUUCGGGAUCUCGUUCAUGUCCGGCACGGCGGGCAUGCUCGGCUGGUCGUGGAUCUUCAUCAUCGAGGGGCUCGCGACCGUCGUCGUCGGCUUCAUCUCGUUCUUUGUCAUGGUCGACUUCCCACACACGGCGGAGUUCUUGACGCCCGAGGAGCGCGCGUGGGUCGUCCACCGGAAGAAGUACGACAACUCGUCCGUUGGGGAGGAGGAGCACUUUGAGUGGCGGCACCUGUGGGAGUGCCUGCUCGACUGGCAGGUGUGGAUGCACAUCCUCGUGUACAUGUCCAUCAUCACCCCGCUCUACGGCAUUUCGUUGUUUUUGCCCUUCGGCUUCAGCACCCCGAUCUCCCAGCUGCUCACCGUCCCGCCCUACGUCUUCGCCACGCUGACGCUGCUCUGCUGGGCGAUCUGGUCGGACAAGAUCAAGAAGCGGUGGCCGUUCGUGCUCGCGGGGCUCGUGUUCUGCCUCGUCGGCUUCGCAAUCAACAUCGCGGACGUGAGCAUCGGGCCGAAGUACUUUGGCACGUUCCUCAUCGUCGCGGGCGCGUACGCCGGCUUCCCCGGGGUCGUCGCAUGGCUCGGGAACAACCUCGCGGGGCACUACAAGCGCGGGGUGGGGAUGGCGCUGCAGAUCGGGAUCGGCAACUUUGGGGGCGCGAUCGCGAGCAACAUCUACCGCACGCAGGACGCGCCGCGAUACGUACUGGGACACGGGAUCGAGCUGAUGUUCGUCGGGAUCGGGUUCGUCGCGCUCCCGAUUGUCGUGAUAUCGUACAUGCGCAUCAACGCGCAGCGCGACUCGGCGCUGACGGCGGCGGAGGAGAGUGGGGUGAAGCUGUCGCCGGAGGAGCUGCGGAGGCUGGGGGACCGCGCGCCCGACUUCAGGUACACGUUGUGA